UCACAGUGUUGAAGGUGUUGCAACAGCAUAUCGAAAUUUCAAAAACCUUCAAAAGUUGCGCCACCUUAUCGGUCCAUUCGUAGCGGCACUCCGAUUCUUCACUAUCCUUGAAAGGGGCCCAAUAGAUGCGCUGCACAAUUUCGUUAAAACCAAUUUGCUCAAGAACUGGGAUACAACAACAUUGGCUCAAAUUGCAGAAACAGGAAUUCUUAGAGUUGUGAAUGAAGACCUUAAUACCGACCCAGAGCGACCUGAAACACGCAAUGCGAUGCAGUUUAUCAGUUCUCUGGUGACUGAUGAAAAUCGUUCCCCACUAAUAGAAUGGUUGAGAGAAAAAACCGAAAAAGAUAUGGAAGCCAUGGGGAAGAUUUUACAAGGAACUUUGCUCGUGGCCUAUGGCCAACUUCAGACGUUGCGAACCCGGAUCGCUCCUUUCCUCCAAAAUGAGUUUAAGACGUACCAAGAUUUAUUAAAAGUUGUCCGGGUCUCAGAAGAACGCUUUGCCCAGCGCAUUUCUGGCCGUGUCCAACCAAUCGAUUGCAAAUGGUUGGCAAAUAUGCUUCCUGAAAUUCAAGCCGCUGUCCGCGCCAGUAUCAUUUCGCCCUCUGAAGACGCCAAAGAAAAACUGGCCAAACUUCGCCAAGUUGUCAUUGACCCCAAAAAUGAAUCCAACUCAAUCGAAAUUCGCCUGGAACCGACCGGCUCGCUUUCAAUGGAAGAACUGAAACAAGCCUUCCAGCUGCUUGAUAUGGCUGCGGUGGAUGAUGGAGGCGACAGCGGAGAAUUGAUAGGUCGCACUAGACGGAACGUCGGGCUAAUCGAGAAGCUAUCUGAAGUAUUUCGUCAUCUUUAUGCGUCCGGCUGCAUUACCUUCACCUUCCGGGAGAUCAUUUUUAUUGAUCUAGCUGAUUUGGAAACGGAAAUCAAAGGGAUGCAAGAUCAGUUAGAGAAGUGGACCGAUCAGUGGAAAGAAAUAGAAGAAAUGCCUUUCCUAUCACUCUUUUCGCGGGGUUACCUUCUUCAGCUAGCAGAUUUGAUCGGCAGAAACGAAAGCGAUGACGUCAAAUCAAUUUUAAAGAUUCGGCUACCUUCUGGGGCGUCAAAAAUAGACACACUAGUUAACCAGCUUAUUCAGCGAACUCCCCGUAUUGGCGGUGAAGAGGAUUGGCUUUCUGUUGCUCAGCUAUUCAAAAUUCUUCGACAUCUUCAUCAACUUAUCGAAGCCAUUUUUCACCAGAAAAGUCCUGAACUUGCCCUUCCAUCAUUUCUCGUUUCAUAUGGUCGAACGUUGAAAUCUCACUUUAUCGACAAAGCAGUCGUCAUUCUCAACGUCCCGCGAGAUCUUCUUGUAGGAAGUUCUUUGGCGGCGUUUAUUUCGCUUACAAAUCAACCAAUAGAGCCCAGUCGAAUUCUUUUCGUAACGACCAACACAGACAAGCCAGAAGUCGAGCGAUUUAUGAAGCUUUGGUCUGUUGCUAAGGCAGAAGAAGAUUUUUUUAUUAUCCUUCACGUCGAGAGACUUACGGUAGCGUGCGCCUGUGCCGUCCGUGAAGGUGUCGAUCGUGUCUUACCAGAGCGCCGCGCAAAACUUUUGCUGUUGGCCCAGCACCACCAUCGUGUCCAUGCCACAAAAUCACUUGGUGCCCGGCUCGGCGUCGUUUCUGAUCGUCUACUAGAAGUUAAUUUUACAGCAGAUCAACUACGCCAUUGUUUUGUUAGUCUUCUACCGAAUGCGGCCAACCUGCAUUUCUUCACUUCAAAAUUAUCUGGUUGCGGCAAGAGCCAACAAGCGAUGCAAAAAGCUACAGAUCAAAUGCGUAGCCCCGAUUAUUAUCGCAUAUGUGUGCGAACUGGCUCCGUUGACGAACUUUUGGCCAGUUUGAAAAAAAUUGAAAACCUCUCAAGUCAGUCGAGAAAAAGUGCUGCAUAUCUUCAUCUAGAUGUCGCUCAUUCUGUUUCUUUUGAGUUUAAUGACAUUCUGCUCUCUUUGUUGGUGCAUGGAGCACUCUUCGAUCCCAAAAAGGCCAAGCUAGGAUAUUGGAUGAUCUCUCCCCAAACCAGUAUAGCCAUUGAAUUUGCUUCCCCAUUUGGAGUGAAUGAAUUCCCAGUCAUAGCUUAUCUAGGAAAACACAUUGUAUGUGAAUGCAACAAAUCCUUUUUCAGCUACGAUUUAGCUGCAAUGCCACGUGUUCUUGGACAACCAGUGACGAUCAACCGCUCCAACGCUCUUGUGGCGACCGGAAAAUUCCUACAACUUAAGCAGGCAGGACAGGAAGGGUUACGCAUGUGGGAUGAUAUUUGUUCUCUUCCCGAAACCCUCAUGAUCGAUCCUUUGCCGGAAGAUUCUACCUUCGAUCUCCUAGUGGAUUCCUUUCAACAUGCAGAAAAUCGAAAUACUCCCACUUUCAGUGCCUUAAAUGCCAUGGCCUCCUUCCUUUAUCGUCACAUUUGCGCCAUGAUAACCAGCAUGUGGUUUAAUGGCUCAGCUGUGUAUCUGUUUGAGCGUGACGAUUUAGCUCGGGUCUUCAAACUGAAUGUUUUCAAUCUAUUGCUCAAAGUGGCUAACGAUAGCAUCAACCGGUGCUGGUCUAUGGUCAAUCAAGGAAAGAAGCUCGCCGAGAUGGACUGGACGAAUCGUCAAAGAGCCAUGUUCCUGCUGGGACUGAAUGAGGAUGGAUUUAUCACUGGUAUGAACGUAGUGGGACGCGAUGCAAACGCCUUAAAAAGCAUGUUCCAUGCUAGCUUGCUCCCCACUCUUCAACAGCAGUGUCUCCAUUUUCAAGAGUUGCGUGGAUUCCGAAAUUUAAUGGAGAGCCGCGAGGGCGCUGAAGUUAUUCUGAAUGCGAUGCGAUCGCUUUUGCUCUUGGAUGGAACUGCAACAAGUGCCGUAAAAGUAUAUCAGCUGGACAGCCAUUCCAAAAACACUGCAGCAAAUCUUCGUUUAAAAGAAUUAGUUGGACAAGAUCAGGGGUAUGUGCUGACCGGUGACAAUAUCACGAAAAUGAUGUUUGCCCUUUAUCGUAUCCGCUGUGGUCUACCAGUCGUAGCUUUCGGAGAAGCUGGCGUUGGUAAAAGCGCUCUAUUCCGCUUCCUGAUUCAGACCUUACUCAAUCACACGUUUGAAGUGUGUAAUGUAAAUAGCGGAACAUCUAUUCAAGACGUGGAGGCUAUGAUCGACUCUUCCAUGAAAAUCAUCGCGAGAAACCCUGAAGCCCAGGUAUUCCUCUUCUUCGACGAAAUGAACACCGCAGAUCCACCCGUCAUCGCGUUCUUCAAAGAACUUAUGCUUGACCGCCAUUGCCAUGGGACACUAUUACCAGAAAAUUUACAUCUAAUGGCUGCUGCUAAUCCUUACCGACAUUUGCACGAGGCAGAUAAGGAAGCCGCUGUCGGGCUGGCUUUUCGCUUUGACCAAAGUACUCCAAGUGAAAGCAGUGGUACCCGGUCCGACGCACGUGAUUUGGUGUAUCGAGUCAACGAAUUACCGGUCGCGUUCUACGAUCACAUCUACGACUUUGGUCGUCUUUGCGACGAGGCCGAAAACACCUAUAUUGAAGAAAUCUGCCAACAUGGGUUGCCUAGAUCAAACUUUGCUGCCAACUGCGUCAAAUGGUUUGUUUCCCUUGUUCAGAAGAGUCAUCGGAUUGCAAGAGCGCUAAGUGUCGACCCAGAGUCAGCGGUGUCACUUCGAGAUGCCACUCGAGCUGUCCAACUUUUCCAUUGGUUUUGUCAAGCACCAGCUGGCCAAAUUUCAAAGAAAGACGUGGCGGUAGCAGCCGACUUGACCAUUUACCUCGUCUAUGCCUUCCGAUUCCGUAACCGAAAAACGUUUUUGGGAAAUGUCUUCGGAAAGGAACAAUCAGCUUCGAAGAAUAUGGCUGAAGUUUCAAGAAUCAUUGCCAAAAUGCUUUAUGAGCAGGCUCAUGGGGCCUCAAUUGGCUCGGGGGCCAUUGCGUUGAACGAUGCACUUUGCGAAAAUCUUUUCGCGUUGUAUGUUUGCGUCCUAAACGGAAUAUUUCUGAUUAUCGUCGGACGUCCUGGAUCAUCGAAGUCGUUGUCGGUCGAAAUCCUGAAACUAGUACUUUCGCCGGGCAAUCACACACUCCGACACGAAUUAGGAGAUUUGCCUGCCAUUACGGAGCUCUAUUUUCAGUGCUCACCGAUGUCGACGUCUUCUGGAUUCAAAGCCCUGUUUGAAUCGGCACAGCGGCUCAGUGUAGAUCCAAAGACCAUGUUAGCCAUGGUCGUGCUGGAUGAACUCGGUUUGGCUGAUAUGUCGCCGGAAAAACCGAUUAAAGUGCUGCAUGCUGAAUUAGAACGACAAUCUGUUUUGACAUCCGGCGAAAAACAACAGUCACCAUACUCGGUGGUUGCCCUCAGCAAUUGGGUAGUGGAUGCUGCCCAGGUGAACCGAGGAAUCUUGAUUUUGCGCACGCAAGCGGACAAGAAAGAUCUGUUGAGAUCAGCGGAACAACUAGCCGACUCUUUGAUCAGUAAAUUCGCGAAAGAAUCGGAAAGAAAACGCAUCCUUAACACGCUAACUGAAAGCCUAGAAAGUGUUGUCAGUACAUAUCAAGAACUUGACAAAGAAGAUAUUGGUGGAGGUCAUUUUUUCUCCAUGAGAGAUUUCUUUUUCUGUGUCAAGAAUUUCGUCUGCUCCGUUUUCGAUUCGUUCACGCUGAUGGGAGAUUUGCGUGACAUUCGCGUUUCUCGAUACAUAUUGAUACAGUCAGCUGUUCGUAACUUUGGCGGCCAUGAAAAAGCUAGGAAAUUGGUAAGAAGCAGCAUGGCCAAUAACCUCGAAAUGAAUCCGGCUUUCAUUCCAGUUACAUCACCACUCGAUCUGAUUGUGGCAAACAUUCAAGAUUCUUCAAAACCGCUAUCGAUUCAUAUCGCCAGACAUUUAAUGAUUCUUAACCGAUCGCUGAUUGGUCUGCAAUUACUCAAUCGCAAUGUUAAAAGUAAAUUGGACGAUGGAACGAACUGGAAUGUUCUGUUUGGUUCCUGCUUUCCAGGCGAUUUGCAAGUUACAGCCGUGACAAGAAAAUUACGUCAAGUGGAACAAGCUAUUCGAUCAGGUGGCGUUCUGAUUCUGUGCCACGCUGACCAGCUUUUUGAAUCUCUCUACAUGGUGCUGAAUCAACAGUAUUGGGCCCAAGGAGAGGUUACAAUGACGCAGAUAGCUCUUGGUCCAUCCAUUCGAGCUAUAGCACUUCCAAACGGCCCGUUUCGAAUCAUCGCCCUCCAGGACACAGACGUUGCACUCAAUCGAGAGCUGAUGUCGCCAGCCAUCUUGUCUCGAUUUGAAAAGCAUGAACUAAGGCCGUCUCACCUCCUAGAUGACGUCGGGAUGUUUUGUCUAAAAGCUAUCGAGUCACAUUCUCUCUGGUUAGCUGUUGCGGAGACAAUCAAACGACAAAAAUUUAUCUACGGAUAUCAUGAAGAGUCUUUCGCCGCAUUGGCUCUUUAUUUACAAGAUAGAGGCAUGCCAAUGGAAUUUCAAGAAGAUCAAGAUGAAGAUCAACACAGUGCCACCACGAUCUGGAUGAGAGCGACCAACCCAAUGUCUAUGAUCAAAUUAGAAAGGGAUUCUAGCAUCGACACGGAAUUGCUGGACGUGUGUCGGCGUUACCGCCAAAACUUUGUUUUGGAAAGCAUAGAUGACGCUUUACUCAAUGUCAAAUCAAAUCGAAUAGUUAUUGUGACGAACACACUCCGUCAUUUGGAAAUUGCGUUUGCUGUUUCUUCCCCUUACCGCCGUUCCACCAUCCAGCUUUUUGACAUCCUUACUGAACUUGAACUCGUCAAGCUUCUGGAAUCGAUUAACGAUCAAGAUUUGGCUGAUCCGGACUUCUGCCUCGUUGUCCAGUAUGACGCAGUGACUGGGCCGAUAGAACAAUUCCAGCUUGCUAAAUACGAAAUAGAGCAGCGGUUUGAAAAGAACAAAUGCCGUGUCAUUUUCGUUGUGCACGUCGAUCCUCGGCCUGUGAGCAUGCACUGGGUGUUUUCCUUUGGUGAUUGUUGGGAUUAUUGUUUCGUAGAUGAAGUCGUCCCUGGCGGCCAAUUAGACCACCAUCGGAUCUCGCUAGGCAAAUUCGUCAAAUCGCCUUCCGACCAAACUUUGUCGAGUUUUAUUGUGGAAAUGUCAACUGAAUCCUUCAAGUCGUUAUUACUCGAAAUGCUCGGCCCAGUUUUGCAGACAAGUCUAGCCACAUUACGGGCCAGCUUGGGACAAUUUUACAGCGGGGUCCGAAUAGCAUUAGGACUGCCAAACAACAAAACCUUGAUAAAAUUGAUGAAAGAAUGUUUGCUGGCCCAACUGAAUGACAGCGGGAUAACCUGGAAUGUAGUCGAUGCAGUGAGCGAUCCAAGUUUUGAUUCUUCUUCUUCGCUAACGGAGGGCCUCUGGGGUGUUUUCAAGCACAAAAUUAGCAACCCUCUUGCACACUUUUUACUUAUCAGUGAUAUUUGGCGUAUUACUGAUCUGCCCUCCUCCAUGUUAUGGUGUGACUUUGUUAUCGCGAAUUAUCCCGACCGUUUGAUGUCGCUCAACUCUUCCGACACUUCCCCUCAAAUUCCUGUUGGAUUUCGAUCCUGCACUCAACCAUUUGGUCGAUUGCUAGCAUCUUUCAACAUGAAUUACGCCCAACGCACAGAACCACGUCUCAAUGGACCGCUUCGAUGGCUCUUAGAGCGUAUCGCCAAAAACGAAGAUGAAAAUUCGCAAGAGAUAAAAGAGGCAUACUUUCUUGAUUGGUUUUUGCUUCGAAUUCCACCACAUUUGCACCGUUGCUUGCGAAAAGUGCCGCUGUCGAAGAUGAGUUAUCUUGUUGACAAUCUGUUUGAAGAACCAGCCAUGUUUUUCCUUGAUUGGGAGCAUUGUGAAGCAGAUGUAAUUGCAGCCCUUGAGCUGGCUAGCAUUGCCUCUUUUGCCACGGCUGAUAAGAUUGACUUCUGGAGCGAGGCUACGGGCAGGAUGCGCAAUUGGAUUUUUACCGAAACAGCAGCUCGGCUAUCCUUAGAAACAUUGGCUUCAGCCGACGUUAUGAAGUCCCAUAAAAAAUUCAUGCAAUCAAUUUCUUCGAUUGAAUUAAGUUCGGCGCUUACAAACCUACUGGAUUGCGUGAAAGAUUUGCCACAGCUUUGGCUUGGUUUGAGAAUCACGAAACGUAUCUUGGUCUUUGAUCCAGAUUCGGACAUCAGACUUCCAGAACUACAGGUUUCUGCACCUCACAGACUAUUUGAUAGCCUGACAGAUUUAGUCAUUACAUCUGUCAUCCGACCAAGGCUGGCUAGUGAUGGCCAAGGAAGACGAUUUGUCCGACAAGCUGACUUGUACGCCUUGCUAAAGAGCACGUCGUCCUGUAGUUCUCCCGAAGAGCUUUCAAAAAUCCUAGGAGAGUGUCCUACCACCAAUUCGAUCGUAUUACGAGAAGAUAACGUAGCUGGAAAAGAUAUCGACGGACAUUGUUCAAGUUGCGCAAGCCCGCUUACCACAAUUGAAGAAACGGAAGAUGACCAGACCCAUCCUGUUACUCAUUUGAGAUCACCAAACGAAAAAGAGAUAAAUUCCCUCUUCGAAGAUCACCAAAAAUUCAUGUUUUUCUUUGAGCGUGUCGCUGAGUUGUUCAUCCAACAGCGAAAAAACAAUCCGCGUGAUAUCCAAGAUUUUCUGCAGUAUCUUUUAAGUUCCGAUUCCCGUCUGCGAGUCUCAUGGCGUUUCAUGACCGUUAUCGUACGCACGGUUUUGUCAACUCGUUCUGGCAAAAAAGUUAUGGAUGACCUUCUCUUAACCAUUCGAUGCAACCGGCCGUCUGGCGAAUUUAAUGUUAAUGCCCACAAUUUGUUACGUGCCUUACUCGCGUGUGCCGACCAAGAUAUCCGGAACAACCAGGACGCCGAACCAGGUUUUGAUUUGAUUGAAGCUGCCAUGACAAGAGAUUGGACGGUUGAUCGCAUUCAACGACUAGCUAACAUUCGAAAGCAAAUAGCUGAAGUUGAAAAUGGAAUAGGGGAUGUUAUCGCAGAAUGGUCUGGUUGGCGGAAAAACCAGAAUGACCAAGCCCUCACGGAUUCUUUGCUGUUCUUCAUCUUGCGUUUCUACUCUGAUGAAGGAGACCAAACACGACUGAGCCGAAUGUUCCGCAAUCCAAGAAUAGCUGAAGAACUAAAUCACCACAAGGUUGUUAACAGUUUCAUCAAGACUUUAUCUCCGCUCUCGCUAGGUUUCGAUCUACAACCUGCUGCCACUACAGCCAAUGUAUUCCAAGAGCGCUUGUUGGAUGGAGAUCGUUUUGGCACUGGGGCAUUCGAGCAUUAUCCUGCACUACGCGAAAUCCAACCCGAUUGGGCUCCUUUCAUCGCUCGACUCGCGUAUCACGCGUAUGAUAUCUUCCAAACCAAACAUUUCCGCUUGCUAAGAGAAAUGGCUACCAAUCUGGUUGCUACGUCGCAAUAUCUUCUUCCGGGCAUUGACAAUCAUCCUUAUUUGCCCAGCUUUACAUUGGAGGCGAUGCGCUGGUUUGUUUGUAACUGUGGAACAUUGAAUUGUGUCGGGAACUGUGGAAAUCCCACGCCAGCAUCCAUUUGCAUCAAUUGUCGCGUGGCCCUUAGUCAAGCCGCUCACCAUCCACGAGCUGGAGUUCGACGAGCAACCGCUAGAGACUUUCAGCCACCGACUGGGAUUCACGUAACUCGAGCUGCCACCCGUACUCCAACUUUUGCUGCGAGAAACUGUUCACCGGUCGUCACCCGAUUUGCACUCCUGCUGAAUUCGUUGGCACUGAUGAAUGCUGCUUUAAAUCCACGAACAGAACAACACGCCAUUGCUCAUCUACUGCUGACGCUUCCACUUGCCGAACGUCAGCGUGUUGAAAAUCGUCAAUCAUUAAUUCAGCUCCUGUCGAAUCAUAUAAUCGUCCAUCUAGACCUACUCUGCCAGCUAUUAGUGGCAUCUAGACCACAAUUGACAAUGACGGACAAGUUCCGCAUUGGCCAUUUGUUACUCCACAAAUUACUCGCAUCUCAGGACCGUUCAUUUCUUACACACGCGGCCGAUUUUGCUAACGGAACACAGGCAAGAGAGACUUUCGAAAAUGGUCUAACAAGACUGCUGGCCCAACAAGUAAACCUAGCGGAAGAGCUCGAUCAGAUCGCAGGGCAAUCAGAUGCGGCAUCGAAGGCAUUUAGGCAAUCCUUCCUGCACAACGAAACAUCGCAUUGGGCCUAUGCAAGAAGAGUCUUUGCUGAUCGACAAACCUUACAACUAGAACUGGCCAGGAACGGUCAGCUGCGCAAAACUCUGCCUUUCCUGAAUUUGUUACUGGAUGAUGAAAAUUGGAUGCGCAAAUUGAAUGCGUUGCAAUACCUUGGCGAAGCUUUACGUUUUGUCGCUCUCGUUCGCACUGUUUUGGCAGGAGAAAUAACUCUAGAGGAAGCAAACCGUAUGACCAUCGCCCAGGGUUUGGAAAAAAUCACGGAUGUCGUUUUGCAGAAAGUAGUCCUAUUAGAUCGCGGGCGCCCUGUAGCGACCAGGGAACAUGUGAUGGAUCUGUUUGAGGGUUUCAAACAGUUAUGGGAUCGAUUCAGUCAGCUACAGAACGCGGAGAAGAAAACGUUCUUGGAUUACUUUACAACCAACGGUUCUUGGAUUACUUAACAAGUUGAUGUCAGCGUUAGACCCAAAACAAUACUUGAUCAAGCAGCACCCCUUAUUCUGAUUUUGGCCGGCAGUGAACUGCCGGAGACUACGUUCAGUUGCCAACUAUUGAGUCACGCUGUGGAAGCUGCUUCAUCCAUCGCCCUCACGGACUUCAUUCAGCCGCUUUGUCGAGUAGGCUCAGGACGCGUCCGACUCUCAUGUUCAAGCGCUGCAGCUUUAACUGACUUCGAUGAAUCACUAUACGCCCACGUUUCAACCGAAGAGGUCGAUAAUUUUAUUCGGGAUCAUGUCAUCGACCGGUCCACUCUCAAGCUAGCUGAGUCAUUUGCAAUGGCGGCCAUUUUAGGACCGGCUGGUAGUACCAUAGCGGAAGAGUUGUCUCUUGAUGUCAUCCCAGAAUUUUUGUUCAAAGACGAUGUGGAAUCGGGAAAUUUUCUUGUGAGUCUGGAGAGGCGUUCUAUCCCUUGGCAGCCAUCUACGAUACCUCCUCAACUCCAGGAACUCAUCCUAGCUGAUUUGGAAAAAAAUCGCUGUUUGGCCGAGGCUAGAUCGGUCCUCAUUUCUGUCAUCACGCAUCUUCAUUCAAAUACCGAACCACUAGUCGUUAGCAAGGUGCGGAAGAACUACAUCUCCGAAGUAUUGGAGGAAUUGGUGCAGGCAGAAGUUUUGACAGAACGCCACAUAUCGAACGCCACCGUAGGCGCCCUCAACAGACAUUUGAAAUUGGAAGUUCGUCACGCCUUUGGUUUGCUGAAAGCCAUUGUGGCGCGAAUGAAAGGUGAUGACAUUUUCGGUGGCCGCGUUCGAGAAGGUUGGACGACGAUGAUACCUGAACGCCUUGCUCAACUGACGAGGCAAAAAUUACGAGCCGAUACCCAACCCGGUGGAAUACUGGAAAGUUUGUUACAGAUGGUUAACAUUAUAUCAGGUAAUCAGACGGUCCCGGUCGAGCUUACCCCCGACAAGUCUUUGUUGUAUGCCAUCAGACAGAUCGAAGGUUCGGAAUGGGAUGGAAUUCCCGCCGAAUUGAAAAUGGAGCAUCUCGGCCACCUACACAACAUUGUCGAAUCCGUUGCCAAAAAAUAAGCCUUACGUCAAUUGUUUUCUUGUCUUUCUUUUUUAAUCCAGUUUGUUUUUUUAUCCGAUAUUACGCCAAUUAAGAUUAAUAAUUAUUGAUUUCUUCCUGAAAUAUGUGAUCAAAGGUUUGGUGAAAGUCGUUCCUGGUCUAGUUUAUUUGUAAUUCAUUUUCCUGAUAGAGGGUUACAAAAAAUUAAUAAUAAUAAUAAUUACUUUUUCAUUCUGGGUUUGGCUCUUUAUUCUGUAAACAGUGUUCUGCAUCUAUCAAUACAUAGUAAAAGCUG